GCAAAACACAUUACUCCAAGAAAAUUUUCCCAGUUCCCCUCCACCGCCGUCGCCGCCACCACUACCACCACCGACGGUGUUAAUCUCCACGGCCUUUCCGCAAUCCCUGAAUUUACGAAACACAAGUACCAAAAGUAAACACAAACACAUACUAUUUUGCGUUUCAACUUUCUAAAAUACCGUACUAACAAUCAAUUAUGUAUCUUUAAGCUACAGGAGUGUUUUUCUUUCUUCGCGGAUUUGUUCUUCAGCAAAAACUAUAAUGAGGUCUUCGAAUAUUAGUGACAUUUUAACUUCCUUUAGUCCAUCUAUGGACUUCUUUGCAAUCAGCCCCGGUGACGGUCGAAUAAAGAUAUGGGACACCGUGAAGGGUCAGGUCCAAACGGAGUUUUCUGAUGUUACUUCAAAUGAAACUACGGGUAUAUUUGGGAAGAAGGAAGGAGGACACCUUUCGAUGGAUUAUACAUGUAUGAAGUGGUUGUCAGUGGACAAAAAGAAAAAAAGGAAGCUUGGAACUUCUCUGUUGGUGUUGGGAACGGGUGGUGGCGAUGUUCUGGCAUUGGAUGUAUCUGCUGGUCAGUUGAAAUGGAGGGUUAAUGACUGUCAUCCUGGAGGCAUUAGUGCAAUUUCAUUUCCUACUCAUGGUCCACGCAUUUACACUGCCGGCGCUGAUGGAAUAGUUUGUGAACUCGAUUCAAUGUCAGGAAACUUAUUGCGAAAGUUCAGCGCUUCUUCUAGCAAAGCAAUAUCUUCUAUUUCCGUUUCACCAGAUGGAAAAUGGAUAGCAACUGCAGCAGCCCAAUUAAAGAUCUUCAAUGCCUCAAAUCACAAGAAAGUGCAGAAGUUUUCAGGCCAUCCUGGGGCUGUUAGAUGUAUGAUAUUCUCUGAAGAUGGGAGAUAUGUGCUUUCUUCUGCUGUGGGUGAAAGAUAUGUUGCAGUCUGGAAAAUUGACAGUAGCAAAAACAAAUCAGCAUGUGCAUUUCUUGCAAUGGAUCACCCUGCUAUCUUCUUGGAUAGCAUGUGCAUUAGUAGCAGUGAUCCAGAUGAUAACGGUCUAUGUGUUUUAAGUGUAUCAGAAAUGGGUGUGUGUUAUUUUUGGCAUGGAAAGACAAUUGACGAAUUACGCAAUUCCAAACCCACGAAGAUCAGCAUAUCUGAUGAUGAUGGAGUUUUGAAGAAACACAAGGGAGCAGUUCCUAAUGUAUUUGCUGCAAAGCUACAAACGGUUUCUGAGCCUGCUUGUGGUCAUGUGUUUCUUGCCUAUGGUUUCCUAAUAAAACCGUCAUUUGAGAAAGUUCUGGUGCACUCUGGAGCAGACUUAAAGUUAAAUAGCUCAGAUGAUGGAAUCCUUCUACCCAUCAGUCAAUCCCACAAGUCAAAGAAAACAUCCAAAAUUCCGAAUCAAGUUACUGCUCUGGAUCGUGCAAAUGCGGAUGGUGCUUUGCUUCCUAAGCCCAAAGUUUUGGAUUUGAUGGAUGGAAAGAAUGAAGUUAAUUCUGUGGCAAAUAAAGAUAAAAUCGAUGUUGAUGCUGGAACACUAUGCAUGGAGGACAAGCUGAGAUCUUUAGGGGUACUUGGUAAUAUUGAUUCCACGCUUAGCACAAUGUUGGAUUCAAAAAUUUUGAAGGGUAUUGAUCUUGAAGCUAGUAUGCCGAUAAAAAAGAUAAAAGCAGCAAUCAUAUCCAUGGAACCUGAUGAUGCUUUCAACUUGCUAAAAAUCUUGGUGGAUGUCUGGCUAUCCAGAUCUCGCAGUGGGAAGCUCAUUCUUCCAUGGAUAAGUUGUAUAUUGGUGUAUCACGGCAAUUAUGUUAAAUCUCAGGACCCAAAACUUCUAGAUUCCUUGUACGAGCUUACAAACUCAAAAGCUGUAGCCGUGAACUCUUUAUUCCAGUUGUCUGGUCGUCUGCAACUCGUAUCAGCGCAGAUUGACAAGGCAACGAAUUAUAAAAACUGCGCCCCCACGGAACACAGUGAGCAGAUGGAAGAAAGCGAAGUUGAAGAUGUUGAUGAAGUUUUUUAUGACGAUGAAGAUUCUCAAACCAGUAGUAACAGUGAUAAUUAGGCACGACAUAAAGCAAGCUUUUCAUCGCGUAAUUUGUGUUGUAUUGUUUCAUCUUCAUUGCUCUUCGGGCAAAAAUUUUGUUUUCUAACGUUUAAUGUGGAAGAACGAAAAAUUAACAUAAAAACGAGUUUUUCAGGAUUUUAUGUAUAUUCGACUAUGCAAGUUUUUUA